UAUUAUUAAUUCGUUUAUAAAUCACAGUAAUUAUUUCAAUUUAAAAUGAAGCAAAAUAUUUAAAAUUAGAGUCAAAGUCAUUUAAUUAUGGCUUAAGUAUCAAGGAUUGUGCUCUCAAUUCUUUAGUUGAUUUCCUGCAUUAUUUAUUUGAUAUAUAUAGAUAUUUAAAUUUAGAGUAUUUCAGCUAUCUUAAUAUUGAGCAUAUGUUUUCCACACUUUUUGUAUUUCUGCUAUUGGAUGAGAAUCAUUUAUAAGGUUGAAAUGAAAAAUAAACAAAUAGAAAUAAGAAGAUCUACUCAUCCUAAAUUUAAAAAAAUUGGUUUAUUAGUUUCAUGGAUACCUUUAUGUAUCCUAAUGAGCAUCCUUCAGAAGCUCAAUUUAUCAGGCUAUGCUAUUUUUCAUUACAUUUACAGUAAAUUUGGAAUAAUGCUUACCUCUGAUUUAAUUGAGCUUAUGACUAUAGAUGCAGAUCAGCGUAACGCAAUAGGAAUGAUAACUAGAGAAAAAACAGUCUCAAAGCAAAACACAUACAUUGAAAUAAAAUAAAAUAAUAAUAAUAUAAAUCAUGAAAUAGUGCCUUUAUAAUAAUAGUAGUUAAGUUUGAGUGGAGUAAAUAAUCAUCCCAACUUUAAUGAAAUAUCUCCACAAAAAAAUCUAGAAAUUCUUAUUAACAACAACACCAAAGACAAUGUUGUUAGCAAUAACGAUGCUAUUAUUACCAAUAAUAAUGUAAACAAUAGCAGAGUUAUAAAUCCUAUUUAAAUAUAGCUCUAGCAAAGUAAUAGCCAAUCAAAGUAGCAAAAUAGGAGUCAAAAUAUUAGAAAGAAAAUAAUUUAAACCUAAACAAGAGAAUUAGAUGAAGAUUUAAGUCCAAUAUAGAUAAAUAAUAAUAAUAACCAUUACUUGAAUGUGUACAACACUCCCAUAAAAAGAAGAGCUUUCUAGUUAGAUGUCGAUAGUCCUAUCAAAAACAAAAGCAGAUAGUUUGGAAUAAGAAGAAAGACUUAAAGAGGUUCAGUAAAUAGCAAUAUAGAUCCUACAAUGACUACAUUUGGAAAUUACAACAGUAGAGAAAUUCAUUUAGAUGGAGAUAAUAAUAUAAAUGGUGGUAAGUAAUUUUUAAAUUAAUUUACUAGAAGCUCAACUAUGAUUGGUUCUCUUUACAAUGGAUAUGAUGAACAUGCUUUAAGCCUAACUGCUAAUUAAAAAUUUUAGACAAACCGGUUCUUAUUUGAGAGAUAUUAUCAGUUAAUAACUACACAUUCUAACUUCAUUGAGUUCCUUUUUAGUGUCAUACCUUGUAUAAUAGGUUAAAUAGUAAAUAACGAAAUUGGAAUUGAUACUUAGAAAGAAUAGGUUGUUGGAUACAUUUGCUUAACUAUUUCUGCAAUCAACUUCAUUGCCAAUAUAAUUUACUUAUAUGCCUUUUUGUUUGAGGAAGAGUUACUUCAGUACUUCUUCUCAUCUAUAAACUAAAUUGAAAAGAAGAGAGAAUAACUUUUUAAUGUUGCCAAAGCUAAACAGUGUAAAAUAAACGAAUAAAAUUAACGAUUCAAUAAUAUCUCAUAAAAUAUGAUGCUUUCAGUAAUCGGAGUUUUUCCUUUCCCUGAAAGAAUAGAAUUGAACACAAUAGAGAAAGUUCAUCAACUCUCUAAUUGUAAUGAAAAUAGUUUAAUCGAUAUUAAAAGUAUACAUGUAAACAUUCCUGGAAAAAACCUAACUUUCGAAGAAAUUUUGUAGGACUUUUAGUAUAUCUUCUCAAAUGCUAUAAAUACCACUUAAGUCAAGCUUUCAUUAUCAUGCAAUAGAAUCAAAGACGAUACAAUAAAUAAUAUGGUUAAAAUAAUAUUAUCAAAAAUAGGACAUUAACUUAAAAGUUUUGAACUUCUUUAUGAUGAAAAUCAAACCACUACAAAAGGAGAGUUUGAGCUUAGAGAAUAAAUAGCUUCAUGGGAUUGUAGGACUAAUGGUAUUUCUUAGAAGAGAAUUGUUGGAGACUAAUACAUCAGCUAUAGACCAGAAAAGAAUACUGAUUAAUUGAUAAUUCAAAAAGAUCUAGAAUACAUUUUCGAAUGCUAAAUAAAUAAGAAUUUUAUUUAAAUAGCAGAAUUCCAUUUCAAAUAAAUUGAAAUCACUGAAGAAAUACUUGACUUAAUACAGAAUUUUAUUUAAGAAACAAUAAGUUUAAAUUGGCUAGAGCUCCACUUAAACCCUAGCUUUUAGAAUUAGUUGAGCAUAGAUAGCAUUUUGUCUUCUAUACAACACCAUUCUUACAUUUAAACCUGCUUUUUGACUACUGAAAUUUUAAAUUACGGAAUUAUGAAGAAAAAGGAAAUAUUAAAUUUAGUAAAACUUGAACUGAUGAAUGAUCUAAAAUCUCUAUAAAUUGAGCAUUAAAUGAAUGCACUAAAUUAUGAUCUAAUUGAAAGUUUGUUCAAAUAGAAAGUUUCCUUCAAAGCACCACUUUCAAAAUUCACCCUUAGUAAAUAGGAUAUUUAAACAUUCUGUAGUAUACUUUCCUAAUUUUAAAAUAUAGACCUGUUAGAAUUCCAUAUAAAAAACAGUUAAGUAGAUGAUGAAAAUUUACAGCAAAUAUUUAAAUCUAUAACUAAUCCUCAUUUGCUAAACAUAGCAGUCAUCAAGUUAAAGUAAAACAGAAUUUCAAUGGAUAAUCAAACAAUAGAAACGCUCGUUUAAUAAUUAAAAAGUUGUGAAAAAAUUUACAUUGAUUUAUGCAAAAACCAAAUAAAUCAAACAAACUCAGAACUAUUUGUACAAGCAUUCGAACAAUUUUAAAAAUUAACUCAUAUCACUAUCAGAUUAAAAGACAAUCCUAUAACUUCGUAAUCAGCGAUUCAACAAAGUUUUAACAAAUAUAUUUCUAAUUGUCCUCAUAUUUAAAAGAAAAUUUUAUAAUUUGAAAAACAAAACAGGAGUACUAAAAUAAAUUUAAUGAUUGAUGUAAAUAAAAGCCAAUCCUAUGAAUGAAAUAAAUAUAUCCAAAUAUUCCAUUUACAAAAUUU